UACAGCUUCUUCUUCGGGGUUUAACGGCAGCUGGCAUCCUUGUACAUGCAGUGCUGCCAUCUUCUGUUUCAAUUUUGAAUCGAUACACAGCGCUACUUGUUUUACCAACCAGCCUGAUUCCUGAAUAACACUGUUUUGAGCCCACUUUAAUGAAUCCAAUUAAUAUCAAAAUAUUAAUUUAAACCCACACCUUGUGAGGGAAUUCAAGCAGCUAGUAAAUCAGUCAAAGACAAUUGGAAAACCCUGAAUGUGGUUAAUUAGCUCUCUUGCUAAUUGAAAGAAAUUCUCAGUGUGCCUAUUAACUUAAGUUAAUACAAAUGGCUAACAUUGCCCCUUAUAAAUAGCAUAGCUAGGAAUUCUCACAACAUUACAGUAGAUACUUCACUAAAUGUUCUCUGAACCACAUGCGAGGGCUGCUAAGCUAACGCUAGCAUCCGUUAGCAUGCUACAUUACUCCUUCCCGCGCUCAAAUUAAGUUUAUUAUUCUGUCCGCUUGACUUUAAAACAGUGAUUAGACUACACACUACUUACAUUCGAAAAAUUAAAAUUACUUACCUCUCUUUCUUGACGAAGUUUUCUCUUACAGUUUUUCUUUCAACGCUCAGGUGCAGAAGAUUCCUGUGACUCCAAAUUCAAAUGGAGUUAGGUAACAACUAACAUGGAACAUGAAGGGGGUGGACAUCUCAAUUUUUGCUUCUAUAUACAAUUUAGUGGUUUGUACGUUCAUAAAACACAGUCAGUAUGAUAGGUAAAUUUCUUCUUCAUUGAUUUAAAAUAAACUCUUAUAGGUGUUAUUUCAUUUUACCUUAUUUGUGACCAUUUUUUGUUUUUACAGCUACAGUUUGUAAUACCCCCCUCCCCCCAUGAACUUGGUAUUUCCCAAACUAGCGCGGCAACAGCUCCACACUGCAACAUAUUUUCUGCUUGACUUUAGUCUAAUACAAUGGCCUGUUGGAGGUGUGUGAUUUGCUUCGUCUUUGUGGCGUUAACAUUGAAGUCUCUUUUAAGUCCCAUUAAUACUGCACACAGUCGCAGUCCAGAUUUCCGUGUCAUUUGUGGAGUCGAUGGAUGCGCCGAGGAUUACCGUGUUUUCAACUCGUUUUACCACCAUCUCAGACGCACACAUCCACAAUACAUUGCCACUGGGAACCCGCCUACAGGAUGGCUGACAGCUUCAUCCGAUGCAAAUGUAUUAGGAGGCGAAAAUUUUGGUACAGCCAUUUUUGCCGACUAUACUGCUGAACCCAGACAAACUGUUAGCAAUGGCAAUGGCACUGAAGUAGAGCCACCACCACUAGACCCCCCAGUCACAUCGGAGGUGUUGGAGGAGGAGCGACAGGAAAGUCAGAACGUGAUGGAGCAAGACGCAGCUGAGCUUCAAACACCUCGUCAGAAUCAGGGCAAAAGAGAAACUGUUGAUCUUGCCAGAUGUGCAGCUGCAUUUGCUAUUGGUGUGCGGGAGCAAUGCCACCUAUCACAGAGGAGUGUCAACAACAUUGUCCUUGGUGUCCAACAGUAUCAAACAGCUCUUCUGACGUCCUUGAGGGGAAAAAUAAAGACCAUCCUUGAAAGGCAACCUGACAGCAAUGGACCUUUACAACAAGAAGUUCUUUCAACACUGGACAACUUUCAGGAUCCCUUUCCCAUAUGUGCAGCUUCAAACCUACAGGACCGUGUAACACAGAUGCAUUUCAACCCUGUCACACCUGAGGAGAUCAUCAUUUCCAAGUAUGCCUGUAGAGUUAAAAAGGGAGAAUCGAGAGUUCUUGCAAUCAAAAACAAGUCUUUCUACUACAUUCCUUUGAUUGAAAGUUUGAAACAGCUAUUAUCCAAUUCAAGACUAUUUGACAUGCUCAGUGCUGGACCUCAGAGUUGCCCCAACGCCAGUUUUUUGUAUGACAUUAAUGAUGGAAUUAUUUUCAAAACCCACCCACUGUUUUCAAAGAAGAACUCUGCUUUACAACUGAUACUCUAUUCUGAUGAGAUAGAAAUGUGUAACCCCCUAGGGUCACGUGCGAGUGUAAAUAAACUACUAAUGUUUUAUUACACCUUAGGCAACAUAGACCCUAAGUUUAGAUCAAAGUUGGCUUCCAUCAGACUUCUCGCAAUCGCAAAGUCUAGGGACAUAGAUGAGUGUGGGGUAGAUAUAAUACUCCGGAGAAUCAAUGAGGACUUGAAGUUACUGACAAACAACGUCGCACUCAAGAGGGGAGAUGCCAAUGUCUCUCUAUGGGACAUACAAGGACACUGUACCACCAUCACACUGAGAGCUGCUCUGUUCAUCCCAUCCUACCCCCAGAGCAUAUUUUCAGUGAAGGCAGCUACAACCUAUGGAGCACAGGUGGUCUUCAAGAAGGGACAGAAUGAACUAGUGAACAAAGAUGGGACAGUCUUCUCCAUCGAAGAAUACAACAGACUCUACUAUUUGAAAACGAGCAACGUGUGGAAUCCCUCAAACCUAUAA